CUAUCCCAAACGAUUCUUCACACUGGAACGAUGAGCAGCGUUCCAGCGCACACCGCCGUUCCAUUCCAAUUCCAACUCCAACAAUAUUCUAAUUCAAAUCCAUCAAAUCUCAAUUUCCCUCGCUAUCCCAAUUCCUCAAAUCCCAUUAAACCCAUUGUUCUAUGGACCUCUUCUAUUGCUCGCUACUGCCGCAACGACCAAUUACCCGAAGCCGCCGCAGAGUUUACCAGGAUGAGACUCGCCGGAGUUGAGCCGAACCACAUCACAUUCAUUACGCUUCUCUCCGGCUGUGCUGAUUUUCCGUCACACAGCCUCCACUUCGGCGCUUCUCUUCAUGGGUACGUCCGUAAAUUAGGUUUGGAUACAGGGCAUGUAAUGGUUGGGACUGCUCUUAUUGCUAUGUAUGCCAAAUGUGCUCAAUUGGGUCUUGCUAGGAAUGUUUUUGAUUAUCUAGACAUGAAAAACUCUGUCACUUGGAACACGAUGCUCGAUGGGUACAUGAGGAAUGGAGAGAUUGAGUUGGCCAUUGAACUGUUUGAUGAAAUGCCUACAAGAGAUGCGAUUUCCUGGACGGCUUUAAUUAAUGGUUUUUUGAAACAGGGGUACUCUGAACAAGCAUUGGAGUGCUUCCAUGAAAUGCAAUGCUCGGGUAUCGAGCCUGAUUAUGUGUCAAUAAUUGCUGUUCUUGCGGCGUGUGCUGAUUUGGGUGCGCUUUCUUUUGGGUUAUGGGUUAAUCGGUUCCUUAUGCAGCAGGAGUUUAAGGAUAAUAUUAGGAUAAGUAAUUCAUUGAUAGAUAUGUAUUCUCGAUGUGGAUGCAUUGAGUUUGCCCGCCAAGUGUUUGAUAAAAUGCCCAAACGAACUUUGGUAUCUUGGAAUUCAAUGAUUGUGGGAUUUGCUAUUAAUGGCUUUGCAGAUGAAUCUCUGGAGUUUUUUGAUGCAAUGCAGAAGGAAGGAUUCAAGGCAGAUGGAGUUAGCUACACGGGAGCUCUUACUGCGUGUAGCCAUGCUGGCUUAGUGAACAAGGGGCUGGAAUUGUUUGAUAACAUGAAGAGAGUACAUAGAAUUACUCCUAGGAUUGAGCAUUAUGGAUGCAUUGUUGACCUUUACAGCCGUGCAGGGAGGUUGGAUGAAGCGUUGAACGUGAUCGAGACAAUGCCGAUGAAACCAAAUGAAGUUGUACUCGGGUCGCUGCUGGCUGCCUGCAGGACUCAUGGUGAUGUGAGCCUGGCUGAAAGGUUGAUCAAAUAUCUCUUUGAGUUGGACCCUGGUGGUGAUUCGAGUUACGUGCUGCUUUCGAACAUAUAUGCAGCAGUCGGGAGGUGGGAAGGCGCCAACAAGGUCAGGAGAACAAUGAAAGCCCGAGGCGUGCAGAAAAAACCGGGGUUUAGCUCGAUUGAGAUCGAUGGUAAGGUUCAUGAGUUUGUUGCUGGUGACAAAUACCAUGCUGAUGCAGAUAAUAUCUACUCGAUGUUAGAGGUGUUGUUUCAUGAACUCAAGAUAUGUGGCUAUGUUCCUGAAACGGCUACCUUAAUGAAUGGUAAUGAAUCUAGUAAAGAGUAUUGAAGCUUAUUU